AUGAUGCUAUUCCUAAGGACCCUUCCCGGUAUCCGAGGUCACACAAUAACUUUGGGGAAAAUAAGAUUCUCUUCAACUUUGGCUUUUAUUGAGGCCACAAGGGAUGGUAAAGUAUCUAUACCUUCUAUGAGCGCUAUACAUGCCGCUCAAAAAUUAAAGAACCCAAUCACUGCUAUAAUCAUUGGAUCUCAUGCACCUGGAAUUGCGAAACAAUUGCAGUCGUCUUCAACAGAUCUAGGUCUUCAAGAAAUCCUUGUUGCUGAAGAUGCAACGUUGAAUACUUAUCUUCCAGAAGUUGUAACUCCUCUCCUACAGAAUGUGUUAGGCACUGUUGAUAAAUACACCCAUUUUGUUAUGGCAAAUUCAUCGAUCGGGAAAAACAUUAUUCCUCGUCUCGCCGCCGUCUUGAAUUAUCAAGCAAUUUGUGACGUUACUGAAAUUUUAGAUGCUACUACAUUUAAGAGGCCCAUAUAUGCCGGGAAUGCCAUUGCCACCAUUGGCAGUCAACAAAAACUGAACAUGAUUACUGUUAGGCCAUCUUCCUUUUCCAUAACAAAACAGGUACAAAAAAAUAUGAUAUCUCCCAACAUCCCAAUUAAACAAGUUCAGACUUCCGAAGUUAAUGAUGAUAUUAAAUGGGAAUCUGAUGCUUUAUUGGACAAUGACAAAAGACCCGAUUUAACUUCCGCGAAAACUGUUAUAACUGGUGGAGUUUCUUUGAAAGAUAAAGAGCAUUUUGAAAGUUUAUUAGAUCCGUUAGCAAAUACCUUAAACGCAGCAGUUGGUGCAACGAGAGCUGCAGUUGAUGGCGGAUUUUGUGACAAUUCUUUACAAAUUGGCCAAACAGGGAAAAUUGUAGCGCCAGAUUUGUACGUUGCCAUAGGUGUAUCAGGAGCAAUUCAACAUUUAGCAGGAAUGAAAGGUUCCAAAGUCGUCGUCGCCAUCAACAAAGAUGCUGAUGCUCCCAUAUUUAAGGUCGCGGACUACGGUUUGCAAGGAGAUCUAUUUGACAUUGUGCCUGAAUUAACAGAGAAGCUCCAAGAAAUGCAAAGCUAG